CCUUUUGCUGCCAUGAUCUCCACACUCUUGCCCAUGAUCUCCACAAUUUUAGCAUCCUAUAAACCUGGGUAGUGGGGUUUUCGGUUGAACAUUCCUCCUAUAUAUAAUAUUAAUAUAUUGUUCGACACUCAAAAAUGCCAAUAUAUUGUUAGCGGUUAUUAGCAGUUUUCUUAUCUGGUGGUUACCUCCACCUUUUCCUACCCAUUAUCUCCACAAAUUAAGCGUCCUACAAACCUGGGUAGUGGUCAGUUGAGCAGUAUUCUUAUAUAAUGCAGUCCUACAUCCAAAAUAAUUGCACCUAACCACCAGCAAUUGAAGCAGAGUUGAAGAAGCAUUCAAUCUAUGGAGUCGCAUCCUAGCCAAAGAAAACAUACAAUUCUCAUUGUAAAGCCAAACACUUUCUUCCUUAUCGAGUUGUUCUUGUUAACAUAUAAUGGGGAGCAUUAACCAUUGGUGAUUCUUCUUCAUCUCAUCUCAUCUCUGCAUCUGUGUAUUCAAAAGGUAAAUUAUUUUAUACUACAAAUCAGUUUUGCAUUUUACACUGAUUAUUGUCUAGAAAAAAACUAUAAUUUUGUACCAGGAAAUAAGAAUAAUGCUUUGAACGCUGAUUAUUGGUAAAACAUGUAUUUUGAGGAUAACCUGAUUAAAAGGCCUUAUUACUGGAUUCAAUUUAAUAUGUGCAUUCCACAUGCUCGAUGAAAUGUCUGUGAGAGAAUUUGAGUUGUACAAGGACUAAUUUUUUCGAUUGAAGACGAUACACGCGUCUGUCUCCUCCUCAAUGUCAGUCCAGUGUUUGCCCAAUUGACCUCUUGAAUGAUAUCAAAAGUUCCCUGCAAAAGCAAGUUAGACCAUAACCAUGUUGCUGCUAAAAGAGAAUUAAUCAUCAAAAACAGUGAGGAAGAGCAAGAUCUAGAGCCAACUUAUCAAGAAAUUAGCGACAUUAAGGAGACCAUCCACUUUAACACGCUCAACCAUGUGCGCUUUGAUUUCGUUGGUUACCAUCAUCGUUUCGAUACUUUCUUCAUCAUAACUGUUAGGGACCUAUGGACUUCGUUUACUUCUGUUGAACCAAGAAGAGAAGUAGAACAAGAAUGGUUUUUGGAGCUGUGUUUGGUGAUUGAAUUUCAGUUAGGGGCCGAAUUGGUUUGGAAGCUCCAAAGGGUUCAGCUACAGGUUAACAAGCUCCAAAGGGUUCAGCUAUAGGUUAACAAGCUCCAAAGGGUUCAGCUACAGGUUUAUUGCUGGCACAGUUGGUUUGCACGUGGGUGACUGAUCCAUUUGACAUGUAUUCGACACUCGGGGUUUUACUUUCUUUUAAUAUUCUCUUUGUUAUGUCUUUGUUUUGGUUUUUUUCCUUACUCAGACACAUGAAAAUAGUGAGAUAUAUUGCAGAGAAACAACAUGAGCAAGAAAUGAGCCUACUAUAGCAUCCUACAAACCUGGGUAGUGGGGUUUUCAGUUGAAGAUUCCUCCUAUAUUAUACAUACCUACGCCUUAAACAAUCAGUCAUCAUAUUCGAGCAUUGUUGAACAACUUUGAAGCAGUAAACAUCGAUUUAUGGUUACAUCAAUUUCCUUACAUGUUUUCUUGAAAUCUGAUUGAUUAUAUGACACAUCUUUUGCUCAUAUAAACUUUUGUUUGUUGUUACUGGAAAUGUUUAGCUGCCUUCUCUAGAGUAUUCUGUUUUACAUGUUAUGGACGCAAGAGUUUGAGUGUCACUAGAGAUUCAAUGAU